AUGAAGAUACAUAAAUUGAAAUCUUUGUAUUUCUGGUGUGCCCUCGUUUUCGUUGCACCCUUUCUUCCUCAAUCUUUGCGCUCUUUAUCAGUGCGUUUGAGUAUGGAAAUUUUUAAAACGCCGUCUCUAUCAAUUCCCAGUAAUCUCCGUUACUUGAAACUGGUAUUAGUUAAAAUAGAAGACGAGAGGUUUUUCAAAUGGAUCACAUGUUGCUGCAAAUGCAUUAAGCAGUUAGAGCUUGUUCAUAUUCAAGGGAUACGAAAUAUCACCAUUGAAAGUUCGUUUUUGGAAUACUUUCAUGGUUUCAUUCAAAGUGACAUCUUGCAUGUGAAUAUCUCUGGUGAAAAGCUUGAAGGGAUAGAUAUAUGUCUAUGGUUUCAUGGCUAUCCAGAAAUAAGCAGCAAUUCACUGAAGAUUUUUGCUCCAAAUCUUAAAAACUUGAACUGGAACAGCAGCAAUGGGAGGUAUAGCCCAAAUCUGGGAAAACUAAUGAGUUUGGAAAAAGUUCAGCUUUUUUUAGACCCUCGGGUAAAUGAACUUGACAAGGUUCUUUGCAGAGUAUGCUCGGCAAAAGAUCUUAUUAUAAACGAGAGGACCAUUAAGGCUAUUUUCAAGGAUGGUUCCACGGCAGUACCAAUAUUAGAUAAUAUUUGUAACUUGACUCUGCAUUUUACGAGCUUGAAUGAUGACCUUGUUCCAGCUGUGGCCUCUCUUCUCAAAGGAAUGCCUAAUUUGAAUUUUUUGUCCAUGAAGACUACUAACUCACGGAGCUGGGAUGCCCAAACUUCAGCUGGCUUUGGUAUAGAAUACUGGAAACUACAGAACCUUGCUUUUCUUCAUCAGCUUAAGGAGGUAACCAUCGAGUAUCCCGACAACGUGUCUAAUGAACUCGAGUUUAGAAGGUAUAUCCUCGAGCAUGCUCAAAAUUUGAUGAAAAUGGUCAAUCUUCUUAAUUUUGAAGAUACGCAAUUUGAAGUUUUAGCAAGGAUGGUGAUUAGGAGCAAGAUGAUUUCCACUGCCACAGUUUUAAUCAGGAAAGAUUCUAAACGUUGGUGGGGAUUGGUAACGCCAAUUAUGGAUCCUUAUUUUAUUUUAUGA